AACAGAAAUUCAACUUAAAAUAAAGAGCAAAUUAACACAGAAGAAUCACGGAAAUGCCACUCCCGGCGUUCGUGGCGGCGGCGGCGAGGCUCGCCGUGCUCGUGGCCACGGCGGCGACGGCCGCCAAUGCCGCCUCCUACGCGCGGUACCGGCGCCGCCACCUCCGCCGCGUCCCCAACCCCAUCGACGAGUCUGUCGAUCCCCUCGCCGACUUCCGCGCCCUCCCCUCCUCCUCCUCCUCCGCCGCCGCCGCCGCCGACUCAGAAGACGAUAAUUUCUUCUUUGGACUAGCAACAGCGCCUGCACAUGUUGAGGACAGGCUAGAGGAUGCUUGGCUCCAGUUUGCAACUGAAACUUCCUGUGAUGACAAGGAAAAUGUGCGCAGCCAGAAGCCAGUAGAUGCAGUGAUGGCAUCUGCUGCUGGUGAUGGAGGCUCCCAGCAAGCUUCCAGGUCAACAGGUGGGGAAACUAUCGGUGAUAGAGAGCAGCGGAAGCCACUUAGAGUAGCCAUGGAGGCUAUGCUCCGGGGUUUUGAAAUUUUUUCUGACGGUGGAGGAUCUGCUGGCGGCGAUGACUGCAGCCACAAUGUUGCUGCUUGGCAUAAUGUUCCAUGCCCGCAAGAAAGGCUUAGAUUUUGGUCUGAUCCUGAUGCUGAGUUGGAACUUGCUAAGGAGACUGGUGUCAGUGUUUUCCGCAUGGGGGUAGAUUGGGCAAGAAUAAUGCCUAAGGAACCAACUGAAGAGCUGAAGAACUCUGUUAAUUUUGCAGCACUUGAGCGGUAUAGAUGGAUAAUUCAAAGGGUUCGCGAAUAUGGAAUGAAAGUAAUGCUUACUCUGUUUCAUCACUCACUCCCACCUUGGGCUGGAAAAUAUGGGGGGUGGAAGAUGGAAAAAACUGUCACCUAUUUCAUGGAUUUUGUGAGGCUUGUUGUUGAUCGUGUGUCAGAUUUAGUGGACUACUGGGUGAUUUUCAAUGAACCUCAUGUAUUUGUUAUGCUGACUUAUUGUGCCGGUGCAUGGCCUGGUGGAGACCCUAAUGCAAUUGAAGUAGCAACAUCUACUUUGCCAACCGGUGUAUACAAUCAAGCUUUGCAUUGGAUGGCUGUUGCACAUGCUGAAGCUUAUGACUACAUACAUUUGGAAGGCAAGAAUGCAAGGAAGACAAUAGUUGGUGUUGCACAUCAUGUAUCAUUUACAAGGCCAUAUGGUCUUUUUGAUGUUGCUGCUGUCACCCUUGCUAACUCAUUGACCCUUUUCCCUUACGUUGAUAGCAUAUCUGAUAAAUUGGACUUUAUUGGCAUCAACUACUAUGGGCAGGAGGUUAUAUCAGGACCUGGUCUAAAGCUUGUGGAUAAUGAUGAGUAUAGUGAAUCUGGUCGUGGGGUUUAUCCUGAUGGGCUGUUCCGCAUCCUGAUUCAGUUCAAUGAACGAUAUAAGAGCUUAAAUAUUCCUUUUAUCAUCAGUGAAAAUGGGGUUUCUGAUGAGACUGAUCUGAUCCGAAAACCAUAUAUACUGGAGCACUUGUUAGCCAUAUACGCUGCCAUAAUCAUGGGUGUGCAUGUUCUUGGUUAUUUAUUUUGGACAACAUCGGAUAAUUGGGAGUGGGCGGAUGGCUAUGGUCCAAAGUUUGGGCUUGUUGCUGUUGACCGUGCUAAUAACCUAGCACGCAAACCUCGGCCUUCAUACUUUUUGUUCUCCAAGGUUGUUACAACUGGAAAAAUUACAAGACAGGACAGAGCGUCUGCUUGGGGGGAGCUGCAACACGCUGCAGUUCAAAAGAAAACACGCCCAUUUUUCAGGGCAGUAGAUAAGCAUGGUCGGAUGUAUGCAGGUGGUCUAGAUCGACCGAUUCAGAGGCCCUUCAUAUUGCGGGAUUGGAGAUUUGGUCACUAUGAAAUGGAAGGCUUGCAGGAUCCUCUGAGUUGCUUUAUAAGAUUCAUUCUUGCACCAUUCCCACGCCAAAAGAAGAUUCACUACAGAGAAGAUUAUGAGAUUUCUUACUCUAUUAACUAAUGCCCUGCAACUAUAGUUGCUACUUUAAGUUCAUUUUCUUAUGUUGCAACAAAAAACCUAUCCAUCUUUUGGUUAGUUUUGUUCUAGAUGAAGUAAAUAAAAAGUGUGGAAAUGGAAACUUCAACUUCUGCAGCUCAUAGCUAUGUCCUGCACUUCUUAAUUGAAGAUGCUUCGGGGGAAGUGUUUGAGUGAGCAGAUGAGCACCUGCCUACCUUAUUUAGACCUCUGACCCUCCAGAGUCCUGACUCCUCCGAGAUCUAUGCUUGUAGACAUGUUGAACUAGAACCCAUGCAUCCAAGUGGGAAAUUAGAUGCCUGCCCUAACUGCGAGCUUCACAGUUAGUCAGCAGAUCUCUUCUUAUGAGAGAUGCAUGUGAGAAGGAUAUCUAAGAACAAAGGCUAAAUGAAGGGCAAGUACAUCAUCCAUGUGCCUAGUUAAAUGCUCUUUCAUGGUGAUGCCGCCCUCUCUCCAGACCUCAUUUAUGUAACUAUACAAGUAGAUGGAAUAGUGCGACCAUUGUUCGUGCUAUGAAUUUGACGAUGAUUUAUAGCGAUUCAAACAUUAUACUGAAUAUUUGAAUAUAUGUCGACUAGAAUGAUUUCAGUUAUCUACACCCCAUGGAAUGAUAGAAUACACCUGGAAGAGGGAAAACCCGAUGCUGGAAACAGCCAGAGUUACUACUUGCAAGUGGACAAAUUUCGUUCUUGUACAUGUCAAUAAUCAGUAUUUUUGCAGAUUUUCUUUGCCGGUGACCAUGUUAAGAUAAGAUAGUACGACAGCAUAUAUAGACAAUCCAUAGGAAAUGGACUGCAGUACUGUCUCAGUAGUCACGAUCAUUUAUUUAUUUUAUGAGCUUGUAACUAUAUUUGAUUGUAAUUCACUGCUUCUUUGAAGUCACCACAGCGAAUUAGAUUUUCUCUUAACUUAAGCCGAACAGAUGACUACAAAUUUAUCCUGGAAUAUGUAUAGUGUGAUAGUACUGGCCCACUUUGCUUUUAUGUGCUUCUUUAGUUGUUAGUACAACAAGUGUUCUAUUUGGUGUACUUUGUACUUGAUAUGGUAGCUGGCCCUUUUUUGGUAGCAAUCAUGUGAUUCAGAAUAGAUAUUUUGGAAGAAACAAAAAUCUACCCAUAUCCAUAUCUUUCUGUCCAGUAUGUAUUUGCUAUUUAUGCUAAGUGAAGAUGGUGUAUUUACCUUAAUUUACUGUUUUAAGGUGCAGAUAGGAAUCAUUUAAGACUAAGAAUACCCUACCUGCUAGCUCUGCAUUUCUUUCCUCAGAAUUUGAUGUUUUUCUGGUGACAUCCAUAACUCCUGGUAAUAAGUCAACACUGUGCU